CUUCUUCUUCUUCCCAUGGAGGAUUUCAGAUCCAAGUCAUGCAGAGAUGGGAGAGAUGGAAGGAUGCAGAUGGACGUUUACUAUGGAGGCAAACCAGGUGCUCCUCCAACAAGCAUGCAGGAUCUCAGAAGUUACAGCUCAAAUUAUGCAGGCUCUUCUGUUUCCCAGCCAAACAGCCAUCAGAUGGUGGUGAAGGAUGGGAAGCUGAAGAAAGGGAAGGGCAGCCUAUCCGCCUCGAAAAGCUGGAGCUUGAGUGAUCCGGAGUUGCAGAGGAAGAAGAGGGUUGCUGGGUACAAAGUUUACACUGCAGAGGAGAAGAUGAAAGGGUCUCUGAGGAAGAGCUUCAAGUGGAUCAAGAACACCUACACCCAAGUAGUCUACGGAUGGCGAUGAUUCGAUUAACGGGUACUUUGAGAGAAAAGAAGAAGAAGAAGAAUAAAUACUUUAUUGGUUUUUUCUUUUGUAUUCAGGAGUUUUUGUUGUUCUGUGCAUUUGUGAAGGUUAUUAUGCAUCUGUCUACCAAAUUAAUUAUAAAAAGUAAUGGAAUUCAAAGAUUUGGUUUUAA